UUCACCUUAAAAAAAAAUUGAAGAAAACGCGAUUAGUUUCACGUCGGAAGAAAAAGAAAAUUAAAAUUUUUUAUCUCUUUUAGGAUUUUAGAAAAUUCUUUAAACAUUUAAAUAUAUAAAAUAGAUCCAUGUGUUUAUAAGUUCAUAUAGAAUAUAUAUCAAUAUAAAAAUAAUGGAUUUCUCACAACCUCCUCCUGAUAUAAUGUCACAGCCACCGCCGUCCAUGAUGCAGAUGCCACCUCCGCCAGUUGUAAUGAAUUAUAAUAAUUCUGGACAAAAUAAUGGCCCUGGUGGUGGCGGUGGUGGAGGCGGCGGAGGUGGUUAUCGUACACAUUACUUCCAACAUCACUCGGGACCUGGAAAACCAGGUCAUCCGUAUUUUAAACCAUUUGGAAAUUUCAAUCGUGGCUUUGGCAUGACCCAAGAUGAUUUUGAUGGCAAGCGGUUAAGAAAAAGUGUAAUGCGCAAAACUGUCGACUACAAUGCGUCCAUUGUAAAAGCUCUUGAGGCAAGAACGUGGCAACGAGACGAUCGUGACCGUCCUUCGCUUCAGCCAGAAAAUAUAUACAUACCCGAAUUAUUGCCGCCACCUAGUUAUUUAGAUAACCCUACAAAUUCGGUAACAACAAGAUUUGUUAAGACUGCCACCAACAAAAUGCGUUGCCCUAUAUUCACAUUGGCAUGGACUCCGGAAGGUCGUCGAUUGGUUACCGGUGCAAGUUCGGGAGAAUUUACCCUUUGGAAUGGUCUUACAUUUAAUUUUGAAACAAUUCUUCAGGCGCAUGAUGUCCCUGUUCGAACAAUGGUAUGGUCACAUAACGAUAAUUGGAUGGUUACAGGAGACAAUGCUGGAUACGUCAAAUACUGGCAGUCGAACAUGAACAAUGUAAAAAUGUUCCAGGCUCACAAGGAAGCAAUAAGGGGAAUAAGCUUUAGCCCAACGGAUAGUAAAUUUGUAAGUUGCAGCGACGAUGGAACUUUAAGAGUGUGGGAUUUUUACCGAUGCCAAGAAGAGCGAGUGUUGAGAGGUCAUGGUGCGGAUGUAAAAUGUGUUCACUGGCAUCCUCAAAAAGCACUUAUUGUAUCUGGAAGUAAAGACAAUCAACAGCCAAUUAAAUUAUGGGAUCCAAAAAGUGGUCAAGCUUUGGCUACAUUGCAUGCUCACAAAUCUACGGUCAUGGAUCUUAAAUGGAAUAACAACGGAAAUUGGUUGGUAACUGCAUCUCGAGAUCAUCUCCUCAAACUUUUCGACAUUCGAAAUCUACGCGAAGAAGUUCAAGUGUUUCGUGGUCAUAAGAAAGAAGCUAGUUCUGUGUCUUGGCAUCCAGUACAUGAAGGACUCUUUAGUUCAGGGGGUUCAGACGGUUCAGUCUUAUUUUGGAACGUUGGAACCGACAAAGAAAUCGGCGGCAUCGAUACAGCUCACGAUAGUAUAGUUUGGACUCUGGCGUGGCAUCCACUUGGUCAUAUAUUGUGCUCCGGCUCGAACGAUCAUACAAUUAAAUUUUGGACAAGAAAUCGCCCUGGAGAUCUCAUGAGAGACAAGUACAAUUUGAAUACACUUCCAGCUAGUUUGUCCACUCUGGAUGAAUGUGAAUAUGAUGAUGCCGUCAUUCCUGGUAUGGGCCCCGAAGACAAAGUAGAAUUUACAGAAAGUCUGACUGCCGACAAAGGCUUUAUACCCGGACUUGAUUUAGACCCUAACAAAAACCUUGACAAAGACCGAGAGAAAAAAGUUCCUUACAGCAAACCGAUUCCAAGAAAUUUCCAAGCUCACUGGAACGAUAGUCGAAGAAACGAGGAAGGUGAAGAAAACAAUUUACGAGAUUCCAAAGAAAUUAUUAUGUUGGCCGAAGGUAUGCCAGAUAAUGUGGAUCCAAGUACAAUAGUGGGUAUAUCAGUAUAUGGCAGAAUAAUUCGGGUAACUCCCGACAGUAAAUUAGCUGCUAUUAUCCGAAACGGUCCCGAUGCGCUGAAUCGAUACAUCAGCUCAGGUGAAAUCGAAGAAUUAAGUGACGUUGUGCCCGUUGAAAACAGAAGAAGUAAAUCACCACAUCGUGACCGCAGCAAAUCACCACCGGUUAAAAAGUCUCGAUUCGAGCCAAUAAAUCACAAUGCCAAAGUGAUAUAUGCAGGUGAUAUUGACUGGCGUCGAAAUUCAAGCAAUCCAUUCAACUCUGUGAAAGUGAAAACUAACGACGAACCUGAUGUCCUUCCAAAUGGUGAUGUAGAUUUAAGACGUAUCAAGACCGAAGACGGCACUAGUCGUCCCAGCCCAUGGGCCACAGGACCCUUGGCAAACAACGAUUCAAAUCGGGCAAGUCCUUGGGCAACACCGCAACAAAAUGGCUUCAACAACAAUAAUAAUAACAAUUCAUCGAAUGCUCAGUUCAAUACAAAUGCAUUCAAUACCAACGCAAGUUCCAAUCCAAACAAUCCAUUCGGUGCACCAAACCAUAAUAAUAAUAGUUUCAGAGAAGAUAGAGAUUACGAUAACAAUUCGGACAGUGGUCGAAACGACAACUCGAACAACCACAGAUUCAAGGAAGAAUUUGACGAAGGUAACAGCAACAAUGGCGGUAGUGGUGGCGGAGGCGUGGGCAAAGGCGGUGGUAAUAGACGCAAUCGUGAUCGGGGGCGAAACGAUAGACGUCAUAACAAAAACCGAAACCGAAGAUAUUGAAUAUCAUCAGGAGGUGACUCCAUCCAUUCUGCAUGAAGAGAUAAUUAAUAAGGAAAACCAACAAACAAACUGGAAUGAUUUUAAUCAUGUUAUGUUAUUAAGUAAUUUUAAGUAAUUUUAGUUAAAAAUAUGAUAAAGAGGAUAAACAACCCACAACGAAAAGAGAAUUAUCAUCAUCUAGUAUCGUUUUGGAUUGAUUAUGCUUUUAACAAACAAAAAAAUAUUAUUGAACUGUAACCGCGUUUAGUAAUUUCUCUUACUUGUUAGAAUCUUAAUGAAUAUGAAAGAAAAAAAAAAUGAAAAAGAAAAUAACAAAAUCAAACCUUCGAUAUAUUUAGAAGAAAAAAACAAAUCCAACGAUUAAGCUAUAGUUUACAAAAAAAAAGAACAACAUUGUAGUUUCAGAAUGAUUGCGAAAUAAAUUUUUCAGCUAAGGAUUUCCGGCAAUGGAGACGACAGAGACCAGCUUUACAAAAAAGGUAAUAACUUAUGAGAAAGCAAAAAUAAUUGAAAGCGUAACGGUACGCUAAAAAAUCUUUGUUAAAGUUUUUCAAAAAAAUGAAUUCUUAGGAUACACAGAAUUCCAAGUGAUGUGAGAUUUUUAAGUGCUUUUUAUCAAUUUAUGUUUUAACAUUAGGUAAGUACAUGUUCUAUGUGUCAAUUAAGAUAAGCAAAAAU